AUGUUUUCUCUAUUCACAAAGGCUUCGGUCCCUACAACCCCUCAGGAUAGAGGUUUUGCAACAUCUCCAAUAGACCCGUACCACAAUUUGAAAAGAACAGCAACCGUUUCCACCGUCGCCUCAGGAAUUAAGGCUGAACAAGAACGUUCGGACAUCCUUCAAGAACAAAUAGUACUACUCUCAGAAAAGGCAGCCCAAGCUUACGAUAAAGUGGCAGAACACGAAGCAGAAAACAAACGUUUACUAGAAAACAUCAAGAAUUUAGAAUCCCUCCUUCAAGAAAAGACCACCAUUAAUAAGCGUAAGACUACCAAUCAAGAGCUUCUUGACCUAAAAAUUCAAAAUAACUCUCUUAGUGAUAAGAUCCACGGGCAAACCAAUGAAAUCGCAAAACUCAGAAAGGAAAACACUUCCCUCAAAUCAACCAAUAACGACCUCCAGAUAAAGUCUAAUGACUUGGAAUCACGAAACACUCGAUACCUUUCAAAAAACCGUGCACUUAAUGAGGAAUGUGAUAAACUUACACAACAGUUGAAUAUCAUGAAGUCUACUACUGCUGAAAAGUCUACAGAACCCCUAGAAUCUUUAUCUCAUGAGCGUGAUAACUCGAUCUCAUCUGUUUCAUCCAAAAGCUCCACAAUGUUCAGUUACACAUACAACUCCAGCACCGACGAAGUUAAUCGACAAGCAUUUUCGCCGUUGAAUGGUGCCAGUCACGAUAUGGUUGCCGAACUCUCCAAGAAACUUUCAGCCUACAAACGUGAGAAUCAAAAUCUUCAAGAAAAGUUAGCAGUUGAAAAACAAAAACGUGCUACUUUGGUCGCCAACUUCCGUGACUAUGAGAAGAAAAACGCUAUGUUGUCCGACUUCAAUAAAAACUAUAUCCAACAGCUUAAUCAACGUAUUGAAGAAAUGAAAAUCAACGAAGAAAGAUUGCAGCUGAGAAUAGAUUUGAUCCACAAAAAUAUUUCAUUGAUAAGGACUAAUCAAAAGCCCCUAUACCAAUAG